UUUCAGGACAAUCUCUGAUUAGCAGUGGGUUUAUUAUUCUUCUCUUAUUGCAUAUUAAAAAAAAGCAAAGCAUACACUUUUACAUAUGCAUUCACUCACAAAUGAAGAUGCAAGAUGAAGAAACAUACAUGACCUUGAAUAUACCGUUGAAGAAAAGGAGUUCUAUCCAAGCAUUUCAAUUUAAAUGUCAAGACUGUUCUGUGAUGUCACACCGAUAUAAAAUUUUGUUGGGGAUAUCUGGAGGACUAAAUGGUAUUCUGGUUUUGACUUUGAUCACCUUGAGUCUGUUAGUUUCUCAGGAAGUGCUGCCAAAAUGCCUAAAAGAAUAUAAUUCAAACAUCACUCAGCAUGAUGAUACUGGAUACUUGGAAGUCAAUAGUGACACAAGAGGCAAUAUACAUGAGAAAGAUGCAGGCCACUGUGUUUCAAGAGCUACAGGUCAUAAAGGAAUGUGCUCAUCAGAAUGGCUGAAAUAUCAAGAAAAGUGCUAUUGGUUCUCUAAUGAGAUGAAAAGUUGGAGUGACAGUUAUAGAUAUUGUUUGGGGAAAAAAUCUCACCUACUAAUUAUUCAGAACCAACUUGAACUGGCUUUUAUACAGAAAACUCUAAAACAAUCAAACUACGUGUGGAUUGGGCUUAACUUUACUUCCCUGAAAAGAACAUGGACCUGGGUGGAUGAUUCUCCUUUGGAUUCAAAGAUAUUUUUCAUAAAAGGACCAGCUCAAGAAAAUAGCUGUGCUGCCAUCAAGGAAAACGGAAUUUACUCUGAAACUUGCAACAGUGUUUUCAAAUGGAUUUGCCAGUAUUAAAAUUUUUAAAGUGACAGUGAGUUAUCAAGGAUCAAAGUUUUGAUCUAACAUGAAUCUUUAGGAAUAAGAAUUUAAAAUUGCAAUUAAACUUCAGCCUGGCUUCUCUAUUUCCCUCAGUCAUGGUCAUGGGUCCUAGUCACAGAGUAACUCAUGUUAAUUUAAAAUAUACCCUCUGAUUCUUUGUGUGAUAGUAUAAUCCAAAAUGAACCCAUACAUUUAUAUUCAUGAUGUAAUUCACCUUUUCUUUUACAACAAAUGUGAACAAAUCAUGUCUGCUUUUCUGUUAUUUUGCCUUUUUUAUUGUUAACAAUAUCCUAUGCAAAUUUCAUGUAGCUCUGAGUUAUAUCAUAGUAUGACUUCCUAUGGGGUUUCCCAGGAGGCACUAGUGGUAAAGAACCUGUGUGCCAAUGUAAGAGAAGAUGGAAGAGACACAGGCUCAAUCUCUGGGUCUGGAAGAUCCCCUAGAGGAGGCCAUGGCAACCCAUUUCAUGUUCUUGUCUGGAGAAUCCCAAGGACAGAGGAGCCUGGCAGGCUGUGGUCCAUAGGGUCGCACAGAGUCAGAUACAACUGAAGCGACUUACCAUGCACGUACAUGGCUUUAUAUUUUACACUCCUUUAUUGAUGAACAUUAACUUUAACUUUUUUCCCCAGAUUUUUGCUACUAUAAACUAUGCUGCAGUAUUCUGAAUAUCUUUUUAAAUGGUAGUACUUUUAUUUCUAUGAUGUAAACUUUAAAACUGGAUAUUCUGAGUAAAAGAGUGUUAAUGUU